AUGAAGCUGUCAGUGUUGUUGCUGCUGGCCCUGCUGGGUCUGUCCUCAGCCAGUCUGAAGGACAUUGUGGAGAAGAGCUCAAAGCAAAAAAAAGCUUCCUUACUGAACCCAGAGCUGGAGGGUCUGGUCCCUGAACCCACUGGUAACAAUGUGGUGUCGGCUCCUCGGACUCAUAAUGACUUGGAGCAGCAGGAGGCGCUACCUGUCUCCUCCAUUUUCAGUGAUAAUGUUAACCUGGAGUGGCUGAAGUGGGACGGGUCUCUACCCAAUGGAGCCGUUGCAAUCUAUAACAGUUACACUGAGCGCACCGACUACGUCUGCAAAUACAAGUGCGAGGCUGGUUUCUACAACCCAAGCCUGGGUCCAUACUGCCGUUACCCCUAUGGAGACAGCGAAUACUAUGCCCCCGAGUUCGAGAUCCUUGCCAACAAAGACAACUUUGAGUUCCUGGAGUGGAAGGAAGGUUCCUACGGUUCAGUGCCUCAACAUUCAGUCAAGACCUGCGUGGGUGUUGGCAUCUAUGUUGGCAAGAAUAAGUAUGGUCUUGGGAAGGUUGUCCCUCAGUUUGAAGCUUUCUUCCUGCCUUGGGAAGGUGAUGAGUAUUGGUACAAGAGUUAUCAGGUCCUGACCAUCAACAGGGAUGCCUACACCCAGCACAUCUCUGAUGUCAAGUACGCCAUUGAUGAGGUCGCCAUCUUCCAGUAUCCUCCUGAGACCAUGCGAAUCUCUGGGGUCACCAACAACGAAUGCCAGACAGUGGUAAAGACAGUCACUAUCUCAAAGACCACAGAGGUGGAGACCACCUGGAACAUUGGCCGAGCCACCAUGCUGGGUAUCACAGGCAGCAUCACAGCUGAAAUCCCCUUCAUUGGCUCUGGGGGCCUUGAGCUAGGUGGCGAGAAAACACUCCAGUUCUCCAGGGGAACCACCUUGGUGGAGGAACUCAGCCACUCUGUGUCUGUGGAGCUCACCGUUCCACCCAACCACUCCUGCAGAGUCCGUAUGGAGGGACGCAAGAUGAAAGCCGACAUCCCCUACACUGCUCGCCUCAGCCGCACCUACCGAAAUGGAGAGACCCAGUGGACAUCUAUCUUGGGGACAUACGACGGGGUCCAGAUCGGAGAAGUCCGGGCUGUGGUGGACCGUUGUGAACCUGUGGCCGACGCCAAGCCUUGCCCCUGA